UUUAUUAAUUUUCUUCAGUACUAUCGGCAGUGAGGAGAUGCCGGCUAUUAACCGUCGAUUUUUAAAAGAUGCUGGUGAUACGUUCGAGGUUUAUGAAGCGUUUUCUAACAUUAGUUAAAACUGGUAUCUGCCGUCGUCUGAUCAUUGGUUCUGAACCCGACAUUUCUGUUUCAACAUGCGAUUUGCGAAGGGAUGAUAUAUGUGAUUAAAAGUCUACAAUACCCCUCAUAUUUUCUAAAAGUCUAUGGUCUUAUACAUUCAAACGACGGAUAUACAGAAGGCCAUUUGGGUAAUUAGAUAGUUCACUGCAACAAAACCAGCAAGAAAGCUAAAGUGUCCUGAUGCCCAUUGUCCAAAGACCCCCCCAACCAAUUCUACCCACAGCUCUAAACCCAAUGCUGUAUUCUAAAAGCUCUAACAGAGCCGUCCUGUCCUCUCAUUUUCACAAGCCCUAGUUUCACCUUCUAAAUUUUCAUCCUCCAUAGCUCUCGCAACCACCUAGCCCUCACAAAUGGCAGCAUUCCCAUCUUCAGGGUUCCCUGUCAUCUUCCUUCUCCUUGUAACGUUCUUAUCUUCUCUUGACGUUUCGCAACAGCAACCCCUACUGGACUCCGCCGAGCAAGAAUCUGUCUACGAGGUCCUUUCCUCCAUCAACUCAGCUAUUUCUUGGCGUACUCUCUUCCCUGACGACCUUUGCCUCUCUGCUCCUCACGGCGUCGUUUGCGACUACUUCUUUGAAGAAGCCAACUCGGGAAACCUUUCCGUUUCCACUACUCUCCCUCAAACGGUUCACGUUACUGAGCUCAGUUUCGGAUAUGUCUCCGAUUAUACGCCAAACCCGCCUUGUUCUCCGAACUCCACUCUCAACUCUCUCCUCUUCACUUCCUUUAAGUACCUUCGCAAGCUUUUUUUCUACAAGUGCUUCACUGAAACACCUGUUGUGUUGCCUAACAUUUCUUCUUCGAGUUUCGGGGCUGGCCUUCAGGAGCUUGUGUUUGUUGAAAACCCAGCAUUGGUUGGCUCUCUCAGUGACAUCGUUGGUAAUUUCUCCAAUAUGAGAAGGCUGGUUUUGACUGGAAAUGGGGUUUAUGGAAGUAUCCCUGAUGAGAUUGGUAACUUGGUCAACAUGGAAGAGAUGACACUAUCAAGAAACCAUUUAACUGGCAGUCUUCCAUCUAGUCUAGCCAAGUUGAAGAAGCUGAAAAUUCUAGAUUUCAGUCAAAACCACUUUGACGGAAAUCUCCCCGUGUCUAUAGGUAAUCUGUCUGAGAUUUUAAAGCUUGAUUUGAGCUAUAAUGGGUUUAUUGGUAAAAUUCCAUACAGCAUGGUUAACUUGCAGAGCUUGGAGUUUUUAGACCUGAGUUUUAACAGCUUUGGUAACUUUGGAGUUCCACUGUUCUUGGGACAAAUGCCCAGACUGAGAGAAGUCUAUUUGAGUGGGAAUUUACUUGGAGGGCAUAUCCCACAAAUAUGGGAAAAUCUUGGGGGUAUUUCGGGAAUUGGGUUUUCAGACAUGGGUCUGGUUGGGAAGAUUCCAGCUUCCAUGGGUGUUUACUUGAGAAACCUGUGUUAUUUAAGGCUUGAUAACAACAAGCUUGAAGGGAAAGUGCCAGAGGAGUUUGCUCUUUUAGAAUUUGUGAAUGAGAUCAACUUGGAAAACAACAAAUUGAGCGGUAGAAUUCCAUUUUCUUCAAAAUUUACAGCUAAAGUUGGUGAAAAGUUGAAGUUAAAGGGCAAUUCAGAGCUAUGCAUUGGUGAAGAUUUUGGCUCAGGUAAAAAAAGUAAGAAGGGCAGCUUACAGAACUUGAAGUUAUGCAACAAAACAGAUAUUCCCAAUCCAGUCCUUUAUAAAGAAAAUAAUUUCGUUUCUUCAUUUUCAUCAGUGCAGGUGUCAUCUUCUCCAUUUGGGUUAUUGAUUUUAGGUUUCUUGUAUCUGCUGUGGUAAUUUGUCUAGCAAUGGCUAACAGAAGAAAGAAAAAGAUCUUAUACUCAUUUUUUUUCUCUUUUAUGUAAGAAUUUUUUGGGUUUUAGAUCAGAAGUGGUGGUUUGAGGCAGAUAUGUAAUUACAGCUCCUAUGUUGAAAAUUUAAAAUUGCAUAUGUUGUGUUUAU